AAAAACAAUAAUAUUUUAUACAACACUAUUGAAAUAUCUGAUCAAAAUAUCUCUAUCAUUGAUAAAAAUAGAGUUAAAAUUACAAGUUCAAUUGAUAGUAUUACUCAACAAACAAAUGAUAUAAUUCCUCAACCAAUUGAGCCUAUUACUGAAGAAUUGAAUAUUCAAGAGAAUCCAAAUGAAAAUUUAAUUACUGACCAACAAAAUGUCAAUCAACAGAAAAAUAAAUAUCAUAUCAAACAAAUUAAAAAUGAUUUAGAACAUGAAACAGAGGAUCGAGUUCAAUUAAAUUCUCCUUAUCAAGGUUCUAAUUAUAUUCAAAUUUUGAAUCAAAUUAUGAUCAAAAUUCAUGCUUUUGGAAAAAAAAGUCUAAACGAAUCUAAAGAUUGA